CGCGGGCUGACACUGUGGCGCGGACAAAUGCCGAUGACAGGACCAUGGUCGACAACCGACACCAGCAUACACAAACGUCAUGAUUUCGUGACUGGCAUUUCCGCACAGCACACCGCUCACCGGCUGCACUUGAGAGCCGUGUUUGCCUCUAGACAACGGUUGCCACCGUGCUACGCAAGCGAAGCGAGCAAGCUGCUCUACAGCGCAGCCUGUUGCUCCCUCGCUGGAUUAGUGGUUUUUACGUUGGAACGUUGCACGAAACCACAUCAUACUCCCUAGCUACAGCUCCUGAAGUCCUCCGUCCUUGUUGAAUAAGUGACUGAGUGGCCAGCAAGGUUGUCUGACCAAGGUGGGGUCAAUCAGGUAGGCACAUCGCGUGCCCAUCAACAGCAGUUGCAACAGUUGCAAAAACUGCGUCAUUAGCAGCACCAGCAGUAUCAACAACAACAUCACCCUUUGGGCAAGGGACGAUUCCUCACCCAUCGACCUCUCGAUAACUACAACAGCACUGACCUCUGGUUGGCGCCAGCUUGGCCUGUCCAGAGAUUGUUGUUAACUCCCCGCACAGCAGACACGCACGCCACGGGACACGCUCAGCGGCACACGCCGUCGCACUUUACACGACCCAACACAUAGAACACACACGCGCGCGCGGGAGCACGUGAUCGCCGAUAUAUGUGUGCGCUUCACGGCCAUCGGAGUGAACGUAAGCAUGCAGACCACAAAUCACGGCAUCGCGUACCACAACGAACGUAAGGCGAGCUUCCUCUCUGCAGCCAGCUCCCUGUCACUGGCAAGUAGGAGUGGCCAAGGCAGCGCUGCCGCCCGACCUCGUCCACCAAGAAUAGCUGCUACAGCUGCCAGUGAGGACGACCCAUACGACAUGGAUCACUCGCACCACCACCACCAUCAACACCACAACAACACCAUCAACGACGACAACCAUAGCAACGCCGCCACAAACAACACCCACACGCACCUCGCACCAUCAUCCCACAUCUCGUUCAGCUCGUCGUUUGACCCAAGACGAACAAGGCAGACCUACACGGAAACUCCGUCUCCAAGGCGUUCGUCAGCGCCCUCCUCUGCUUGGGACAAGGCGUCCCCGCGACAAGGCUCGGCGCUGGUCAGGAAGCCCACAUAUGUUCGGUCAUCCAACCCCAGCCCCACGCGCAAGCUGUUCAAGCCCCACGACAGUACGCUUGCGCGCUUGUCGACAUUGCGGCUGGCGAGCGACGCCCUCGGAAAACACAGCGCCACGGCGUCGCCACAGCAGUCGCAGUCACCUGGUGCCACGUGGAAUCACACACAAAAGCAUGGCCGCCUCAGCCGCAACCUCAUCAGAUCAAUGCGCAUGACACAAAUCUCCCACGGCCGCGGCGGGCUCAUCACCAAACACGGACAGACCCGCAUGUUCGAGCAUGUCUCUGGGCUGCAGGCGUGGCUGGCCAACUUCAAGGACAUGUACAACUUCCUCGUCAACCUGCCCUCUGCCACCCUGGUUGGCCUGUUUUCCCUUUUCUACACGUGUUCGUUUCUGCUGUUCGGGCUCUUCUGGUACCUGCUCUUCCGCUCCGACGCGCGGUGCCUGGCCGAGGUGGACGACUUUGCCACCGCAUUCCUCUUCUCCGUUGAGACACAGACCACGAUUGGCUACGGGUCCAAGCAUGUGCGCGGAGAGUGCGAGGCUGGCAUCUUCCUCCUGCUUGUGCAAGUGGUGAUGGGCAAGCUCAUGGACGCCGUGCUGCUUGGUCUCAUCACCGCACGCCUCACCCGCCCAGAUAACCGCGUCUACACCCUUCGAUGCAGCAAACACGCUGUCGUGGCCAAGCGCGAUGGGAAGCAAUACCUCAUGAUUCGCAUUGGGGACAUGAGGCAGCGACGCGCGCCCCUGGUCAACUGCGAGGUCAAGCUGCUCCUGGUGAUGGACCACAUCACAGAGGAGGGCGAGCACAUUCCCUUCUACACACAGCGCCUCGUCGUCGAUUCCGGCUCCAACUCCAAUACGCCGUUCUUGGCGGUACCAAAUGAGCUCCUGCACCUGAUUGACGAGUCGUCGCCGCUGUUUGGAAUGACGCCGGGUGCGCUGCGCAGGCGCCAUGCAGAGAUUGUCCUCAUCUUGGGCGGCCAGAUUGCGAGUCUGGGCCUCAACGUUGAGUUGCGGUCAAGCUAUCUGCCCCCGGAAAUCAAAUUUGGGCACAGGUUUCAACAAAUCUGCUGUCGACUGGCUGAUGGGUCAUGCUUUACUGACUGGAGCCACUUUGAUUCGCUGGUCAUCGACGAGGAUGAAGUGUACGGCAUUGCUACACACAAGUAUGAUGAUGACGACGACGAGGAUGAUGGUGGUGGUGAAGGUGACAGUGAUGACGAGCGGGGGAACGGGAUGAUGUUCGUGCCACAGGCAGGCGAUGACAAGGCAGUGUUGGGGAAGAAAAGGCACCGGUGGGCGAGGUUUGGGCGGCAGCAAUGGCGGAAGCACGACGCGGAUGAUGAGGUGGAGAAGUGGAACACGAGCGGGUCUGAUGAAGGUGUUGUUGCGUCGCGCAGAAGAGGCGAGGGCGAAGGCGGGGAUGACAGCCGCAAUGACAGCGGCACGCACACAAGCAGUAACGAGAACAGUAAGCCACGCCAUGACCGAAAGAAGAGUCUGAAGGGGAGAGGAAGGGUCUCCACCCAUCGUCGUUCGUCUUCUCUCGUGGCACCAGCAAUGUCCGCGACAACCGCCGUCAACCCCCGCUCCCCUUCCUCGUCUUCCAGGGCAGCGGAUGCGACGAGCAUACUUGCAGAAGCAGCGGUCACCAGCCAGACACCUCCAAACGCCGCAUCACAACCAACCACAGCACCCACCCCAGGGAGGGGCGGUGCGCUGGUGACAAGCGGCAUGGGGCAGCAUGCCACGGUGCUGCCUGGUGCCGUGCCGCGUGCGAGUGACGAUUGGCCGUCCUCAAGCGAAGAUGAGCACGGUGGCCACGGCGUGCACCGCGGCAGCGUGUCGCGAUCGUGCAUGCGCGCAUCUCAACAAGCGGCCCUCAGCCAGAGCACUGGCGGCACGCAGGCGGACUUGUCGCAGCACACGUCUGGCAUUGCGCUUCGCGCGUACGACGUUGGGCUGGUGGAGCGGACGAUGGAAACGAAGCUUGGCCCCGAGGACCGCGACAGGAUUGCAAGCAUCAGCCGGCACGCGUCCAUGGCGUCGUCACACAAGAACGUCUCCAUCAGCUCCAGUUGAUGGAACGUGCGCGCGCGCCUCUGUGUGUGCAUUUACGUGUGCGUACACUUGUGUGCGUGCGUCUGUACGUGUGUACGCGUGCAUGUUUGCGUUUGUGCGCAAACGUGUGCAUUUUCGCACGUGCCCCACGCUUUCGCUUGCUCUCUCGUUCUCUGCAUCGGCCGAGCUUCCCCUGUACAUAUAUCCGCUGUGUUACAUUUCUCUGACGGUGUGGAUUGGAAAGUGUGCGAUGCGAAGGCGUGUGGGAGCGCACACAGUAACGCCUGUGGCAUGAAGCUUGUUGCUUGACUGGACGACUCGUCCUCUUAUUGUUGCUUCAAGCAAGUGCCAUACCUCCAGCGGCCUUCUUCCUUUGCCUAUUUAUUUAUCACUUUCUUAGCUUGUUCUGUGAGGCCAGUUGUUGGUCUCUGUAUCUGCCUGUGCAUGUGGUCAUACACACGAGGCGACGCACGA